AUGGCGUUUGCUGGGACAAAUAUUAGUUUGUCCCAGCCGGAUAUCACGCAGAAACUAACGGAGCGCAUAGAUGACCUGAAGCAAAAAAUCGCUGCUUGGGGGAAGCGGAUUCGACGAUUUAGCGAGAGGUCCAGGCGGUUCAACCAAAAUCGUCUCUUCCAGAGUGAUCAGAAGAGGCUCUAUAAAUCAUUGGAGCGACCAGAGGUAUGUGGAGCGGGCCCAGGACCGGAUCAGGCUGACACUGUCGCAUUCUGGCGUGGCCUGUGGUCAGAGCCCGUAAACCACAGCGAGGGCCCUUGGAUGGAAGUUGUGGCGAGCCAGAGUGCAAGUGUUACGCCUAUGGACCCCGUCACCAUAACGCCUGAAGACGUGGCUGAGGCGGUCCGUAGGGCCCCGAACUGGAAAAGUCCGGGGCUCGACGGGCUGCAUCAUUACUGGCUGAAGGGGUUCGUAGUGUGUCACGCUGUGCUCGCCCGACAGUAUCAAGAGGCUCUCGACCAGAAGUCGCUCCCGAGCCUCUUCACUACUGGGAUCACUCACUUGGUUCCUAAAGAUCAGGAUACCACAGACCCGAGCAAAUACCGCCCCAUCACGUGUCUCGGAUGCAUUGCUUUUUUUGCUGAGCUGGAGCCGUCUAUCCCCGUCACGGAACAAAACCUGGCAGACCGAGUUCGGUACAUCAUGCGCUCGAAAAUAUUUGAUGAUGCCGAACUCGAACGACUACGACGUGAGGCUAUUCCGUCGUCGAAUGAAUCGGCUAUGGCUGGAGAUGCAGCUCCACAUUCGACAGACCAGCAUCCACACGUGGAAGCCGCCAUGGAUCUUCCAGUUGUGGUUGAUUCGAACGACGAUGAAAUAGUCUCCCACGAACUAGAGCAAAUGAGGAGUAUAUUGGAAGAGGCGAUUUUGGAAACGCGCAGCACCCCUCUCGAAAAUCGGCCGCGACUUCCCCGCAUACCCUUAAGCAAGCGAAAUCGGGCUGUCGUGAGGGCUCUUAACCCAAUGCUGGUGACCUAUUUGGAAACCAGCCGGGACCUUUGCGAGACGGACUCGAUUCUCUUUGGCGCCGCAGUGGCAGUUUGCCGUAUUAUUGGCGCCAAACUUCCCAUGGCUGGACGCGCUACUACACAAAGUAACGCCAACCCAGCCUGGAGGAAAAGAAUCGAGGACCGUAUCGCAAAGGCAAGGGCCCUUAUCGGCAGACUGACAAGCUUCAGGUCGGGUAAUAAUAGACCGAGGAUUAUGCGCACCGUUAGGAUGGCGUUUGCUGGGACAAAUAUCAGUUUGUCCCAGCCGGAUAUCACGCAGAAACUAACGGAGCGCAUAGACGACCUGAAGCAAAAGAUCGCUGCUUGGGGGAAGCGGAUUCGACGAUUUUCCGAGGGGUCAAGGCGGUUCAACCAGAAUCGUCUCUUCCAGAGUGAUCAGAAGAGGCUCUAUAAAUUAUUGGAGCGACCAAAGGUAUGUGGAGCGGGCCAAGGACCGGAUCAGGCUGACAUUAUCGCAUUCUGGCGUGGCCUGUGGUCAGAGCCCGUAAACCACAGUGAGGGCCCUUGGAUGGAAGUUGUGGCGAGCCAGGGUGCGAGUGUUACGCCUAUGGACCCCAUCACCAUAACGCCAGAAGACGUGGCUGAGGCGGUCCGUAGGGCCCCGAACUGGAAAAGUCCGGGGCUCGACGGGCUGCAUCAUUACUGGCUGAAGGGGUUCGUAGUGUGUCACGCUGUGCUCGCCCGACAGUUUCAAGAGGCUCUCGACCAGAAGUCACUCCCGAGCCUCUUCACUACUGGGAUCACUCACUUGGUUCCUAAAGAUCAGGAUACCACAGACCCGAGCAAAUACCGCCCCAUCACGUGGGCGAAAGGGGGAGAAACUGGAUGUUUGGCGUAUCGGGCUAGGAUGCAUCGUCUUUUUGCUGAGCUGGAGCCAUCUUUAACCGUCACAGAGCAAAACCUGGCAGACCGAGUUCGGUAUAUCUUGCGCUCAAAUAUAUUUGAUGUCGCCGAACUCGAACGGCUACGACGUGAGGCUGUUCCCUCGUCGGAUGAGAAUGCUACGGCUGAGGAUGCGGCGCCACAAAUGGUAGAGCAACCCGCAAACGUGGAUGCCGCCGUGAAUACCCCAGUUGUGGUUGAUUCAAACGAUGAUGGAACAGUCGCCCAGGAACUGGAAUUAGAGCAUAUGAGGAGUACAUUGGAAGAGGCGAUUGUGGAAACGCGCAGUACGCCUCUCGAAAAUCGACCGCGACUUCCCCGCAUAGCCCUAAGCAAGCGGAAUCGGGCUGUCGUGAGGGCUCUGAACCCAAUGCUGGUGACCUAUUUGGAAGCCAGCCGGGACCUUUGCGAGACGGACUCAAUUCUUUUUGGCGCCGCGCUGGCAGUCUGCCGUAUCAUAGGCGCCAAGGUUUCCACGGCUGGACGCGCUACUGGCCAUAGUAGCGCUAUCCCAGCAUGGAGAAGAAGAAUUGAGGAACGUAUCGCAUAG